AUUUGUAGUUGCAGUAACAGCUGCUAAGUUCGUUGACACUCACACAACUUUGGCCUAAAUAUAUGCUAACCCAUUCUGAAAUGUGGUUUUGUCUGCAAUUAAGGCACAUCUUUAAGCCUAGACUCCAGCCAAUGAAGUUAACAUGUUAUUAAAUGCAGUAGGUGCUGGUAUUGUUUAGGACUAAAAUGACCAUGAUCAUGCACUUUUGGUUGGAUACAACUACUAACAAUAGAGUAAGGUUUUGUUUAAUUUUUAAACAUUGGAAGACUUAGAUAAGGAGAUCUUGUAUCAUUAGAAUUAAAUAGCAGCUAACACAUAAUUGAG